CAGGACAAGACUCCGACCUCGGGCGGGGCCACAUCCAGCUUCAAACGAGCUGCCUCGGUGCGGAGGAGGUCCACGCUGGCCCUCGGCGCCCUGCAGCCCAGCCCGACCGCGGCGCCAUCCUCCGCGGAGGAGCGCGUGCCAGUACCAAGCAGCUGGAUAGCUCCAGAGGAUACUGGCGGCGGCUACGAGCGGUCGGAGCUGGGGAACGAGAUCACUGCAGAGGUGCGACGCUGGCUGAUCGGCGACACCUCGGGCCCACAGUGCUCCCAGGUGGUGCUGGAUCGGGCAUUGACCGUGCUCUCGAACUUCAAGUUGGCCAGCGGUUGCCAGCUGGAGGUUCUUGGCGGUCCUCUGGGCGCCAUCAUCGGCGGCUACAGCGACGCGGACUGGUUGCACGCCGAGGUGUUCCAGAAGCAGCCUGCGGACGCCAUCCGCGAGGCCGGCUCGCCAUCCGGCUUCUGAAGGCUCGUGCUGAAGGCGACUGGUCCAAUUUUGUCGCUGAGGAGGUGUCCCUGGCCUACCGCCGGCUCUGCCUCAGAGGGCACCCGAGCCGAGGAGGAUCGCCGCGCUCCUACCUGAAGCUGCAGGUGGCCAUGGAGCUCGUGCGGGCGUUUGCGGGGGAGGCGGGGCCCCUCGCGCGGGGCGCCGGCGACGCCGACGGCUACACGCUGAACGACCAGGCGUUGUCGCGGGAGCUGAAGCUCACGACGCAGGAGGCCGAGGAGGAGGCCACCAAAUUGCCGAAGGAGCAGCUGGAGGAGAUGAACCGCGCUCUGGACGAGUACAUCCUGAGACAGAUGUGCUUCAAGAGCGAGAUCGUUGACGAGAUCGCCCGCCUCCACGAGAACAGCGCAUACGCCCUGCUCGGCGUGUCGUCGGAUGCCACCGACACCGAGAUCAAGCGCGCAUACAGGCAGCACUGUGCUUUCCGCCCGCUCUGCCCCUGCCAU